CUUGCUUCGACUCCACCUCCACCUCCGUUGGUUGCCCCCGUCCCCUCCGACCAAACCCCAAUGCCUCGCCGCGGCCGGCGAUGGCCGACGCCCCGCCGCCCGUGACCGCGCCGCGCCGACGCCCCCGCGGAGAGCCGUCGGAGCCCCGGAGCGAGAGCGACUGGGAGGAGGGAUCCAGCAGCAGGGAGGGCUCCCCGGGCGCCGACAGCGCCGACGGAGACGCCGUGCGCCGCGCCGCGCGCCGCUGGAGCGACGACCGGCCCGCGCGGAUCUCGGCCACGCCCGCCGACGCCGGCUGGUGGCUCGGCGAGAUCGAGCGCGACCGGGUGCGCCUCGUCCGGGACUGGGUCCAGGUCCAGAUGGAGGCCGACGGCGGCGACCCGCCGCAUCCGCCCCCGUCCCCCGCCGCCGGCCCCCGGAUCCGCGGCCGCCAGGCGAGGCUCGAGCUCGUCAUGCGCCUCGCCGCCGACCGCCACGCCGAGCUCCAGCGCCUGUCCCUCCGCCGCGCCGUCUCCGGCUUCCCCCACCGCAACCGAAUCCACGCGCUGCUCCGGGGAAGGUUUCUGCGGAACGGCGGCUUGCCGGAGGAGGAGAGGAGGCAGCCGUCGGUGGCCGCCAGGGAGCUCGGCCAGCUCCGGCAGCGCCACCCCGUCUCCGGCCUCAGAUUGGAGAAUCUCGUACGAGGUCAAGCAGCUAGCCGGUCGGAUUCAUCUUCAGCACAAACUGUUGAGCUCUCCACCAUUGACCAUUCUGAAUCAAGCCGUACUGCUUCUUCUGAAGAUACCCAGGACACACGUCAACAGGCAAACGAUAGUGUUGGUCUUCAGCGAAUUGGAGAUACAGCAACAGGGUCAGAUUAUGGAAGCAAUGCUCCUAGUAUUGCCGAAGGAUUGUCCGAACCUCAUAGUCAGGAGGAGGGUUGGCAGGAAGAUUUGGAGGUGGUGGAUAGAAGAAGAGACUGGGAUCAGUUUUCCCAUGCUAUUACUACUACUGGAGAGGGAUCUGGCAGAAACUGGAUUGAAAUUGCGGACAGCAGUUCAUCAUCGUCUGAUGAGAGGACAACAGAGGCCGGAGAUCAUCAAGGGGCCUCGUAUCUUCUGGAAACAAGUGAUGAGUCUACAAUUAGUGAUAAUAAUCUUCCUGAAGCACAUGAAGAGCAGCUUGACAGUAACCAUCUCCCCGAAGCGCUUGAAGGCAAUAAUCGUCUCCAAGAAGCGCGUGGAGAGUGGAACAGGGAGGGUAAUGAUACUGCAGAAGUGCGUGAAGAGUGGCACAGUGACGGUCAUUUUCCAGAAGUAAAUGAAGUGUGGCAUGACGACGAUGAAUCCAAUGGGAGUGCGCAUAACUGGCAUGACGAUCAUUCAGAGCAACCCGCUGACCAGGAGUCUACGCUUAUCAGAAGAGUUAAUACAUUUACCCCUGGUGAUGACGAUAAUGUGUACAGCACAGAACUAAGGGAGCUUCUAAGCAGAAGGAGCGUUUCUAAUCUUCUUGAUAGCGCUUUCCGUGAAAACCUAGACCGGCUUAUCCGGUCAUACGUUGAACGGCAAGGCCGUGGUCCUCUCUCUUUGAAUCUGCAAGGAACACCUGCGGUAGCAGCAGCAACCCCUGACCAGCAGGAGCAAGAUCAAGAAGAGCAGCGGCAUGGAGAUGACGACGAGGAACAGCAACUUCUUCGUGAUGCUGCAAAUGUUAGGCCCCGCUUAGUGAUUCCACCUCCACCUAUGCCUCCUCGUCAACCACUUUGGCAUUCGGAGUUGCAUCAUAACAACUGGAUGAGACAGAACAUAAACCGUUCCGAUAUCGAAUGGGAGGCUAUUAAUGAUUUGAGGGCUGAUAUGGCUAGACUUCAGCAAGGUAUGGGUCAUAUGCAAAGGAUGUUGGAAGCUUGCAUGGAUAUGCAGCUUGAGUUACAACGUUCUGUGAGGCAGGAAGUUUCCGCGGCCUUGAAUCGCUUCAUCGGGGAGCAAGGGGAACCCAAGGAGACCAUUGACGAUGGAUCGAAAUGGAUGAAUGUGAGGAAAGGCACUUGCUGUGUAUGCUGUGAUACUCCGAUCGACUCUCUUCUGUACAGAUGUGGGCACAUGUGCACGUGCUCGAAAUGCGCGAACGAGUUGGUUCGAAGCGGAGGGAAGUGUCCGCUGUGCCGCGCACCCAUUAUUGAGGUGAUCCGAGCUUACUUCAUCAUGUAACUAGAUGGUACGUAGAAUAUACAAGGAGGAAAGGAAGAAGAAAGGCGAUGGAAGCUUUCUCUUGCAGCAAAGGAUAAUAUAACCUGGACUAUGAUAUGAUGAUGAUGAUGAUGAUUGAUUGAUUGUUCAAUUUUGGACACAUUGGUUGGUUGGUGUGUGGGUGUGUGUAUAAUCCUUGGUCUCGCCAAUGUGUCGGUUUCCCCCCCUCCUCUGAUGUAGUGUAAGUAUAUGUGUUUCUUGGGUGGUCUUCACUGAUUUAUUCAUGGGUUUUUUCUUCUUCUUCUUACAAACAAUGUUGACCUGGUGAGAUUGCUCAGCACUCUCGAAACAAUGAUGCCUUACAUAACAUCGUCCUAAUAAUCGUGCUGAGAUGAAAUGAAAUUCAUAUUUGGAUGAA